UUCAUAAUUGGACCCUUGAGGAUACCCUCCAGUGGUUAAUAGAAUUUGUUGAACUACCCCAAUAUGAAAAGAAUUUUAGAGACAAUAAUGUCAAAGGAACAACACUUCCCAGGAUAGCAGUGCAUGAAACUUCAUUUAUGAUCUCCCAGUUGAAAAUCAGUGACCGGAGUCACAGACAAAAACUUCAGCUGAAGGCAUUGGAUGUGGUUUUGUUUGGACCUCUAACACGCCCACCUCAUAAUUGGAUGAAGGAUUUUAUCCUCACAGUUUCUAUAGUAAUUGGUGUUGGAGGGUGCUGGUUUGCUUAUACACAGAAUAAGACAUCAAAAGAACAUGUUGCAAAAAUGAUGAAAGACUUAGAGAGUCUACAAACUGCAGAGCAAAGUCUAAUGGACUUACAAGAGAGGCUUGAAAAGGCACAAGAAGAAAACAGAAAUGUUGCUGUAGAAAAGCAAAAUCUGGAACGCAAAAUGAUGGAUGAAAUUAAUUAUGCAAAGGAGGAGGCGUGUCGGCUGAGAGAACUAAGGGAGGGGGCUGAAUGUGAACUAAGUAGACGUCAGUAUGCAGAACAGGAAUUGGAACAGGUUCGCAUGGCUCUAAAAAAGGCUGAAAAAGAAUUUGAACUGAGAAGUAGCUGGUCUGUUCCAGAUGCACUUCAGAAAUGGCUUCAAUUAACACAUGAAGUAGAAGUACAGUACUACAAUAUUAAAAGGCAAAAUGCUGAAAUGCAAUUAGCUAUUGCUAAGGAUGAGGUUGCUGCUUCGUAUCUGAUUCAGGCAGAAAAAAUUAAAAAGAAGAGAAGCACGGUUUUUGGAACUCUGCAUGUUGCACAUAGCUCUUCCCUAGAUGAAGUAGACCACAAAAUUCUGGAAGCAAAGAAAGCUCUCUCUGAGUUGACAACUUGUUUACGAGAACGACUUUUUCGCUGGCAACAAAUUGAGAAAAUCUGUGGCUUUCAGAUAGCCCAUAACUCUGGACUCCCCAGCCUGACCUCUUCCCUUUAUUCUGAUCACAGCUGGGUGGUGAUGCCCAGAGUCUCCAUUCCACCCUAUCCAAUUGCUGGAGGAGUUGAUGACUUAGAUGAAGACACACCCCCAAUAGUGUCACAAUUUCCUGGGACCAUGGCUAAACCUGCUGGAUCCCUAGCCAGAAGCAGUAGCUUGUGCCGCUCUCGUCGCAGCAUUGUGCCAUCCUCACCACAGUCUCAGCGAGCUCAGCUUCCGCCACAUACUCCUCACCCAUCACACCCUCAGCACCCUCACCAUCCCCAGCUCACACAGCACUCGCUGCCUUCCCCCGACCCUGAUAUCCUUUCAGUGUCAAGUUGCCCUGCGCUUUAUCGAAAUGAAGAGGAAGAGGAGGCCAUUUACUUCUCUGCUGAAAAACAGUGGGAAGUGCCAGACACAGCUUCAGAAUGUGACUCCUUAAAUUCUUCCAUUGGAAGGAAACAGUCUCCUCCAUCAAGCCUCGAGAUAUACCAAACAUUAUCUCCUCGAAAGAUAUCAAGAGAGGAGCUCUCCCUGGAGGAUUCUUCCAGAGGAGAUUCACCCGUAACUGUGGAUGUCUCACGGGGUUCUCCUGACUGUGUGGGUCUGACAGAAACUAAGAGUAUGAUCUUCAGUCCUGCAAGCAAAGUGUACAAUGGCAUCUUGGAGAAGUCCUGUAGCAUGAACCAGCUUUCCAGUGGCAUCCCGGUGCCUAAACCUCGCCACACAUCGUGUUCCUCAGCGGGGAAUGACAGUAAACCAGUACUGGAAGCCCCAAGUGUUGCCAGGAUAAGCAGCAUCCCACAUGACCUUUGUCAUAAUGGAGAGAAAAGCAAAAAGCCAUCAAAAAUCAAAAGCCUUUUUAAGAAGAAAUCCAAGUGAACUUGAUGGAAUCCCAUCCCAGUGGCAUCUGUAAACUUAUCUCCCACCCUUCACUCCCUCUUUUUUGUUUUAAUUUUAGGAAUGUAACUCCAUUGGGGCUUUCCAGACUGAAUGCCAUAGGGGAAUGUCCUUUAGGGCAACUGUCUACUGUCUGCUUAUUUAAAUGACUAUAUAAUCAAUUUGUCAAGUCAGUUAUUACUGAAAAAUCAUUAAGAGAUGAGACAGUUUACAGUCACUUCUGCCUAUUUAUUUCUGCUUUGUUAUUAGUGAUGUAUAUACAACAUUUUGUUGAAAGCCACUAUGGACUUGCAAGCUUUAAUGGACUAGUAAGCCAGCAUGGGCUUGCAAAAGUUUCUUGUUUACCAGAGCAUCUUCUUAUCUUUCCACAGAGCUAUUUACCUACUGGACUAAAUAACUUAAAAGAAGUAAAACUAAUUGCACUACUGUUUUCCAGACUGGAAAAAAAUCUCUGCAAGUGAAACUGUAUAGAGUUUAUAAAAUGACUAUGGAUAGGGGACUGUUUUCACUUUUAGAUCAAAAUGGGUUUUUAAGUAGAACCUAGGGUUUCUAAUUGACUUGAUUUCUGGAAAUGAGAACCCAUGCUUUUAUUAUGGGAAGCUUCUUUAAAUGCAUUUAAUAUUGUAAAGUUCUAAGUCCUGCUGUAAAGAUCAUGUUGUUUUGUUUUCCCAGGGCUUUCACUGUGAUUUACUGCAUUGCAGGUUGUAUGAUGCAAUAUAAAUAAUUUAAAGAGAGAAGGCUCUUAAUUCCUUAUGCAAAUGGAAGAGUUGAAACUUGAUUGAAGGGACUUAAAACAUUCACAAGCUUAAACUGAGGUGGGGGAGUGUGGGAAUUCAGGCAAUUGUUUACAGACUUUGAAUAACUGCAAAGGAUUUAUGGUUUGUGAAAAAUUUGUACUGUGGAAAAGAUAAUAAAUUAGAGACAUUAUUGUGUGGGAUUGUGCUGAUUUUUGUUGAUAACACUCCACAAAAACACUAUAUGUUUUCUGAAGAGUUGUGUAAGCUGUCUUGUUGCUUAAUUGCAAUAUAAGAAAUAGUGAUGUUUUGGAAGUAAGUUGUCAACAAAUUUCUUUCUAUUUUAUAUUGUUUGUCAUAUUUUUAUGUAGUUUGAAAUGUUUAAAUGUUCUAAUAUCAAGAUUAACAAAUAUACGUUUAUGGUACAUUUA